AUGUGUUCUCAUCACAGAGAAGAGCGUGGUAGAGAGAAUACCCCUCAGUUGCCGGUUGACGCUCAAGAUGACGUGCUUCCAAGAGAUAUUCCUCAGCGCACUACCUUUUACGACUCUGUCGUUGAGCGGCAAAUGUCCCAAGCGGAUGCCAAGCUCUUUUACCAGCGCAGCCAGCUAGAUGACUCUCGCAGUUCAGUAGCUGGUGACCAGGCUCUAUCAGCCUCGUACAAUGACCCGGUCGCAGCUUUGGCAGCAAACUCGGGGCUCGAGUACGAGGAGGAUACUGACCUUCCAGGCUCUGUUGGGAAGAGUUCCAGAGUUGGUGUAGACAGCGCGAGAAUCGCAGCUGAAGCUAGUAGAGGAAUGUCAAACAGCUUCCUAGACUCUCAGCCACAAGUGACGGCAGAGCUGAGCUCCAUAUCUAAGAGCAUAGAGGAUAUCAUAGCUCUGAGACAAAAAUAUAUGGCUCUCUCGCUGCAACGUCCUGGUGAUGACCCGAAGGAUAGUCCUGACUGGGAGAUUUAUCCGUAUGGGGAUGAACCAGGAGACGACUUCGAUAUGGAGCAUUUCAUGCCAUUGCCAUCUAACGAUGACAGCAUGACAUUUAAGCUCAGUGAUACUGGAGUUUAUGAAAUCUUCAAGAAUGACGAUUCUCAGACACUUGCUUUCUCAGCCCCAACUAUUCGACAAUUCUAUAUGGACCUUGACAGCAUCCUUACUGCCUCCUCGGAUGGGCCAAGCAAGAGUUUCGCCUUCCGCCGCCUUCAAUAUUUGGAAGGCAAAUUUAAUCUGUAUGCGCUUCUUAACGAGUAUCAAGAAACCGCGGACAGCAAAAAAGUUCCUCACCGAGACUUUUACAAUGUCCGAAAAGUAGACACUCACGUUCAUCACUCGGCAUCUAUGAACCAAAAGCAUCUAUUGCGCUUUAUCAAGAGCCGGAUGAAGAAGAAUCCUGACGAAGUCGUUUUGUUUCGUGACGGGAAGCAUUUGACACUUGCGGAGGUGUUUGCCAGUAUCAAUCUCACAGCUUAUGACUUGAGCAUUGAUACGCUAGACAUGCACGCCCACACAGACUCCUUCCACCGGUUUGACAAGUUCAACUUGAAAUACAACCCAAUUGGAGAAUCUCGACUUAGAGAAAUUUUCCUAAAGACGGACAACCUCAUCAAGGGCCGGUAUCUAGCCGAACUCACCAAGGAAGUUAUUUCAGAUCUUGAGGCUAGCAAGUACCAAAUGGCUGAAUGGCGUCUUUCGAUUUACGGCAAAUCUCUGGAUGAGUGGGAUAAACUCGCAGCUUGGGUUGUCGACAAUAAGCUUUUUUCGCAAAACGUCCGCUGGCUCAUCCAGGUACCUCGUUUAUACGAUGUGUACAAAGAUAAUGGGCUGAUGGAGUCGUUUGACCAAAUCGUGACCAACGUCUUCCAGCCGCUGUUUGAAGUUACCAAGGAUCCCUCGAGCCACCCGAAACUGCACAUCUUCCUUCAGCGCGUCGUCGGUAUCGAUACCGUUGAUGAUGAGAGCAAGAUCGAGAGGAGGUUGUACAGAAAGUUUCCCGUUCCGCGAGAGUGGAACACAAAGCAGAACCCGCCAUACAACUACUGGAUCUACUAUCUCUUCUCUAACAUAGCAGCUCUCAACUUCUUGCGCAAGAAGCGAGGAUUCAACACCCUUAUCCUGCGGCCGCACUGUGCUGAAGCCGGAGAUCCAGAGCAUUUGGCAGCUGCGACGCUCUGCUGCCAUAGCAUUAGUCAUGGAGUUUUGCUUCGUAAGGUGCCCUUGCUGCAGUAUGUGUUUUAUCUGGAGCAGAUUGGAGUCGCCAUGUCUCCGCUUAGCAAUAACGCACUCUUCUUAUCAUACGAUCGCAAUCCAUUCCCUCAGUACUUCAAAAGGGGUCUCAACGUGUCUCUCUCGACCGACGACCCGUUACAAUUUGCAUUCACUAAGGAACCGUUAAUGGAGGAAUACGCGGUCGCCGCACAGAUUUAUAAGCUUAGCCCGACAGAUAUGUGCGAGCUGGCCAAGAACUCAGUCUUGCAGAGUGGCUACGAAGCGGCUGUUAAACGUCACUGGCUAGGACCGAAUUUUGACAAGCCAGGCAAAGAAGGAAACACUAUGGCCAAGACCAAUGUCCCUGACAGGAGGGAAGAGUUUAGAUAUCACACUCUGCUUACAGAGCGGGAGGUAUUGAGCCGAUAUGCUUCGUUUAAUAACAAUAUUGAAAAAGGAAACGCCAAGAAUGAUCUUGCAGCACAAGCACCAAGCGGAAAUUUGCCGUCUUCAAGCGCAACAGAAGCUGCAUCGAGCAUCACCACUCCGAUCUCUACAGCUGAACAGGCGCUGCCUCACCGAAGUACUUCAAACUCUGUUGCCGAUGCGCACAUAUCGGGCAGCGAUCCGAUGAUUUUCCCCGGCAUCUUGAGCCGGGACUCUAGUCGGCGCAAUCUAACUAAGAUGGACAACUGGGGCAUCCAGUCUACUGAGCUGCCUACUAGUCCAGAGGUAGACACUGAGUAA